AUGGCUUCGACUUCCCAAUUCCUGCUCGAUGAUCAAACGGACGAGGAUUUCUUCGACAAACUUGUUGAUGAUGCCUAUUCCCCCAGCGAAGCUCACGCUUCAUCUUCUGCUCAACAGCUGAAUUUUGACGGUGGAAGCGACUCCGAUGACGCCAGAGCUUUUGCGAAUCUCUCCGUCGUUGACGAUUCUGUGGGUGAUGAAAAUGGAGCAUUGAAUGAAGCAGACGGGGGGAACGAUGUUUCAAAGGAGGCUGCAAGUAGUUCUCUGGGAAAAGAAGAGCCUUCGUCUAUUCCGCUGGGAAAAGAAAGUGAUGCAGUCGACGGAUCUGGGAGUCCCGGGGUUAAGGAGGUUGAUUGGGGCUCUUUUUAUGCGGAUCAUCUGUAA